AGGUGGUUUCACGCCAUGAAGAUCUGCUGCAACAGGCGUCAGGAAUACAUAAACUUGAGAGUGUGUUGUCCACAAUCAAUGCGCGUGUCAUGGCUCUCCAAUCCUCCGUCAGCAGAAUCAUGAGCAGAAUUGACGAACCCCACAAGAGAAUGCAAACCAAGUUGAGACAACUAGAACGCAUCCAGUACGCUUGCGACAUUCUACGGCGAACCAUACGGUUUCUAUACGUUUUGAAGCGACUCAGAGACCAGGUGCAGCUGGGUGAUCGUCACAUACCCAAAGCAGCACAAAGCUUGGCUGAUCUUGAAGAAGUGCUGACUGAUGGAGACGGACUCAGUGGAGUGUAUGUGGUGGAUGCGGAGCGAGCAUGGGUAGAGGAACAACGCGUGCUUGUAGUGAAGAAAGCCAAUCACAUGCUCAAUACCGGUCUAAAGAGCCAGAACCAGGGCGAUAUCUCCACGGCGCUGCAGGUGUUUUACAAUCUAGGAACACUGCGCGCCCGUUCUGUUGCGGUGCUGGACAGUCUUAAAAGUACCAUCACCUCCAACAUACGCGACACACUGGCGGCAGCUGCCAUGGGCAACAGCACAACGCAAGGUGUGUUGGGCUACUACUUGGUACACGACUAUUGA